AUGUUUAAAUAAUAAAUUUUUGAAUCCUGUAUCUUUUAAACAAUUCAUCAUCAUCUUUAAGAACAACUCAGUGUCAAGUCAAAUAAAUUUAUUAAACUAGAAACCGAGAUUGAAAUGAUUGAUAUGUCUUUAAAGUAAUUGUAGGAAUAACAAUCUGAAACACUAAUCAAGUGUCUAAGAUAAUGGAUUAUUUCUGAAAAGUAUUUUAAAGUGAUUAAGGUUUUGGAUAAUGUGAAACAUGAUAAUUCUAGACUCUUGGAAUUACUAAAACUAUAUGAUAUGUUUAUUAUCCAUUAGACUGAAAAUUAAGUUCAUUUUUUAUUCAGUAAUAAAUUUAGUUAAGUUAAUUAAAAAAAGGAAGACUUAUGUAUAAAUCAAUCAUAAAUCACUUACAUUUUCAAGUUUUCACAAUUAGGCAAUAUAAAUUAAUAACAUGACCUUUUUGUAAACAUGAUGAAAAUGUUAAAUUGUGUAUAUCCUCUUUCUACAUUAACAUUUAAGUGGAUUCCUUAUAAAAAUUUAAAUUUACUCCUUGAUUGUUAAUCAUAAUCAUAUGAUAUCAAUGAGGUAAUAGUGAGAUUGCUUGAUCUUUUCGAUAUUAUUCAAUGGAAACAAAUUGAUUAUUUAGAAUUAUUAUCUACAGUAAUACCAGAGUCAGAUACAUUUAUGUAUAGGAGUCCUUAAGAAUUUUUUGAUUGUCCAUAAGUUAAAUAAAAUGUUUAUGAGUAAUACUUGGAUGGUAGAUGUAUUUAUUUUGUUAAGGGUUAAUUUUAAUUUAAUUGUAUUUGUAAUUCAGAAUUUAAAUAUUUUUUGGUUUUGGGAAAGACAAAGACAAAGUUGAGCAAUGCUAAAGAUUAAUUAAAGAUUGCUGAAUUAAUAACAACUCAUUGUAAACCAAAUAGAAACAUGAUAGUGUUUAUUGAAUCAGAAGAUGAAACAUUUGAUUUAGAAUAAUUUGAACAAAUCUGUCAUUAGAAUCCUAAAUUAUUUAGAUCAUAACAUUUUUAAAUUGAAAGUCAAUAGAAUUCAAUUUUAAUUGAGAAAAUUACUAUGUUGUAUCUCUCCAUGUAAGAUGAUCUAAGUAGUAUGUAUUCUCAAUUGUCAAAGGAAUAACAUGAAGUAGUCUAUAAUUCAUUUAGAAAUGCAUUGCUAAACAAAUUUGUUAUUGAUAAAUUGUGA